AUGGUGAUGCCCGCUGUUCUCAACUCCCUAACUUUCUUAUGUGUGCUUGCAGUUCUUGCUGCAGGUCAGGCUGAAGGGCGGCAUCAUGACCCUGAUUGUCCUUCUUUCUCGUGCGGCCCUCUUAGAAAUGUAUCGUUCCCAUUUCGUCAGGCAAGUGAUCCUCCUGGGUGUGGUUAUCAAUCUUAUGAGCUAAUUUGCAGUGAUACCAAGGCCGCAAUUCGCAUCGACGAUGCAACAUACUAUGUGCCUGCCAUCAACUACAGUGGUUCUUCCUUCUGGGUUAUCGAUGCCAACAUGGAUUUAUACAACAGCUGCCCUCUACCUCGGUGGAAUCGGCCUCCCUCUACAUACCAUUACAACAUGAACAUGGAAGUCGAACUGGAUCCCCUUGUAGAUAGUCAGGCUUGCUUUCUUAAAUGCUCUCGGGAAGUAAAGGACAAUGGUAUGUACAUGCCUGUUGCUUGCCUGAGCACCAAUGAUACUUAUGUUUACGUGUUAACUGGUGAUGAAUCUAAUUCAAUGGAGUAUCUCGAGCCUUCUUGUGGGUACUUGGCCAUGACUCCUCAGCCUUGGGACAGUCCAGUGCUAGAAAAUGCAAGUUAUGCAGAUGUUGUGAAAUCCAUGAGGAGUGGAUUUGCUGUUCUAUUUCCUUUCAGAUAUCAUAGGAGGAGCAUCAAUGUAUGCCUAAGGCGCGAGAUUCGCAAGUUUCAUGAAUGGCCAGUGUCUGGAAGGAGCAUCAAGGAUUGGAUUGUGGGAAUUCUUCUGGUUGAGGGAGAUUUCGCAGACUGCGUAUUUGAUGUGACUGGAUUCCCUUAUUAUGUUGGAAAUGAGCGGAGCGCCAUACUAAUUACUAUGUGGAUUGUGACAUUGACUGCAGAUCUAUGCAGGUUCUUGUUGGCACCCCUGGCUGUGUUGAUCUUUCUGGCCCACAAGUAUUGGAAAACAAGGAUCAGAAUUGAUGCAGUCGGGAAGUUCCUCCAAAUGCAACAAAUGCUUGGCCCGACAAGGUACGCCUAUACUGACAUCACCGCAGUCACGAGCCAUUUCAGAGAUAAGCUGGGUCAGGGAGGCUACGGAUCCGUGUUUAAGGGUGUGCUAUCGCCAGGCAAUGUUCAUGUCGCGGUAAAGAUGCUAGACGGUAACUCCAACUGUAAUGGAGAAGAUUUUAUCAGUGAAGUUUCAACCAUUGGCAGGAUUCACCAUGUUAAUGUGGUUCGUUUAGUGGGGUUCUGCCCGGAGGAAAUGAGACAAGCGCUCGUCUACGAGUACAUGCCUCAAGGUUCUCUCGACAAGUACAUCUUCUCGGCCGAGAAGAAUUUCUCUUGGGACAAGCUAAAUGAGAUUGCUUUGGGCAUUGCCAGAGGGAUUGAUUACUUGCAUCAGGGUUGUGACAUGCAGAUUCUCCACUUUGACAUCAAGCCGCACAACAUCCUUCUUGACAACAAUUUCAUCCCAAAAGUUGCCGACUUCGGUCUCGCAAAACUAUACCCAAGGGACAUCAGUUUUGUGCCGUCGAGAGCACUACGGGGAACUAUAGGGUACAUAGCUCCUGAGAUGAUAUCUCGGAGCUUUGGCAUCAUAUCGAGCAAAUCUGAUGUUUACAGCUUUGGGAUGCUGCUGCUGGAGAUGGCCGGAGGAAGAAGGAAUGCCGAUCCAAAUGCAGCAAAUUCUAGCCAAGCAUACUACCCGGCGUGGGUGUAUGACCGACUAACCCAACAAGACCAUGUGGGUGAGAUAACUGCUCAUGUUGAUGCUCAGAUGCAUGAGUUGGAGAGGAAGCUGUGCAUCGUCGGACUAUGGUGCAUCCAGAUGAAAUCUCAUGACAGGCCGACGAUGAGCGAGGCAAUAGAGAUGCUGGAAGGCAGCGCCGAUACCUUGCAGAUGCCUUCCAGGCCAUUCUUCUGUGAUGAAGGGCACGUCCAUACCGAUGAUACUUACCGUUUGUCGUCCGAGUUGACUGAAAUCUCUGAGGAGGAUAUGAGUGAAAAUAUUGAUGUGUGA